UGUAUCUGGAGCAGGAAUUCUGGGUAAUGUAGUCCGGUAGAAUGUGAGACCCUGUUUACUUCCGUGAUACCCAACGCUAACGGUGAUAUUAGGUAGCUUUACGACCCAGGAGUCAUUUUAUUUUAAAGCUGAAACGCUUUGGAGUAAAAGUUAUUGGCCACGAGCCGAAACAAAGGAAUAACGGUGAAGGAGACGAAGCGGUUUGACAAGUUUAGAGGAUAAAAGGUUUUAACCUGCAUCACGGUUUCAUUUGUGAACAAAAGAGUAAAUCGUUUUAAACACGUCAUGUCUGAUAAUCUGGGGAGCGAAGCGUCAAAAGGGGACCACGCAUGCGCACAGGAUACACCUGAUGCUGGAGGAGUCGAGGCUGUAGGAGGAGAGCCCAUGCAGGUGGACGCAAGAAGCCAUGCACACGUAUACAGAUACGGCCUGAAAUACCCCUCUGUUGGUCACUGCAUCAUCAUCAACAACAAGAACUUCCAUAAGAGCACCGGCAUGAAUCAGCGCAAUGGUACGGACGUCGACGCCGGAAACGCCAUGAAGACUUUUAGGAAACUGGGCUACAAAGUGAAGGUGUUCAAUGACCAGAGUGUAGCUCAGAUCAAGAAUCUUUUAACUGCAGUUGCCAAGGAUGACCACAGCCACUGUGCCUCAUUUGUUUGCGUGUUGCUGAGUCACGGAGAUGAGGGUGUGUUUUUUGGAACUGACGGUGCUUUGGAGCUGAAGGCCUUGACAAGUCUGUUCAGAGGAGACCGUUGCAGAUCUCUAGUGGGCAAACCCAAACUCUUUUUCAUUCAGGCCUGCCGAGGCACAGACCUGGACCCUGGUAUUGAGGUCGACAGUGACACAGAUAAUUCGAUGAAAAUCCCAGUGGAGGCUGAUUUCCUUUAUGCAUAUUCUACAGCACCAGGUUACUACUCAUGGAGGAACACGAUGACUGGCUCAUGGUUCAUGCAGUCUCUGUGUGAGAUGCUGAGUAAAUAUGGCCAAGAGCUGGAGCUUAUGCAGAUUCUCACCCGCGUCAACUACAAGGUGGCACUGGAUUUCGAGUCUGCAUCCAACACGCCUGGGUUUCAUGCCAAAAAGCAGAUUCCCUGCAUUGUGUCCAUGCUCACCAAGGAGAUGUACUUCACUCCCUGAAUGCAAACACGUACUUGAGUAAUGGGGAUGAGGCCCCAACCAGGCAUGUUUAUUAUUACUAUUUAUACGUAUAUAAGGUUAAAGGGGAUCUGGUGUGGUGACCUGAAAUCUCUUAUUACUUUGGGAAAUUUCAUUGCACUCUGCUUUACUUUGGAUAUUAUAAACGGCAACAACAUAAAAUCCGUUAAAAUUCGGCUGUUUAAUUUCCUUAUCGGUUUUAUUUUAAUGUACGGCCAUCCAUCAAUCAAUUUCAGGGGACUGGAUUAUCCUCAGAUUUCAUUUCUUCUUCAUUUUAUCUUCAUUCUCACACAAAUUUCAGCCUUAAUUUUUUUAAAAAUAAAACUAAACAGGAAAUAAAACUGACACAAGGUCUAAUAACAUUUUAUAAACUGCAUAAAUGCUACUAUCUUUUUGAAAUAGUCUUUUCGGGAUUAUUACGGGGGUUCUAGUGGUCUAUACUAUACCUUUAAGGUGCUAGAGGUUUUGGGACGAUUGCUACAUCCAGAUAACUUGAAUGUUCAGCUAAAUGGUCAAAAUUUCACUUAACUUUCUGUCCCUAGUGGUCAGAGUUUGGGAUGAUGUUUUUUUUGUUGAUGUUUUUUUCGACAUAUACGUAUAGGAUUCAUUACAGAAAUAUUGGAGUUACUAUUAGGCAUUGUAAAAUUAUGUUUGUUAUGGUGGAUAAAGAUAUUUUUAGUUAGUUUUGUGUUUUUUGUUUUUUUAUGACAUUUUUCUGUGUGGUGUUACACUUUCACAGUAGGAUCUUAAGCACAACGUUUUCUUAGUUGGUUUCUUCACAUAAUUGAAACCAAACGUAGACUGCAUAUACCAAAAAAAAACAACAAUGAGUAAUUUUGAGUAAGCAAAAAAAUUUGUUAUACCACAAUACACAAGUGUGUUUUUACACACAUCAACGACUGCCUUUUAUCAACUACGCUUACUGUUAUCCUGUUAAACCUGUGAGAACAAACUAAUUGUUGUUAGGCAACUGACACAACAAACUUAUAACUGAAGCUAUUCUGUUACCUAGAUAGCACAUAAAGUAGUUAUACAGACAACAUAAAGGCAGGGUGACAUUGAAAAUAAAAUUAAACAGAUUUUUAAAUGUAAUGUACUUGACAUUAACAGAAAUGUGAGUUUUUAAGUAUAAUUUUUUUGAUAAACACAAACCUAUCUGUGGUUUUGUUAAGUAAUACGUAAAGGAAUAAGACAACACAAUUUGGUCAAAAAAUUGUCUUGUCAAAGCCUGAGACGGCAAGUCGUGAGGCAGUCGUUAUUUUACCGCAGGGAGGUUUUUGAGGUUUAUCCGGAUUCUGUUACAAGUCUUCAGUUUACUCUUGUCAACACUCUAAAAUAUCCACAUGGUCAGUCUGGGUUAAAUAUGUGUUUAUUUCAUUAGACCUGCAUCCGAGCCAUUAUCCAAUGCUUAUAUAUGAUGAUAUAUUAAGUGAAAACAUUUUUUAUUAUUUUUCGUUGUGUAGCAUUUCAUGUUGUUGUUUUUUUCCACAAUGACUGAAAGGGAGUUGUUUGUAAGUCUGUGCUGUGCAUGUAUUGUUAGAUGCUGAAUAUCAUAUAGUGAACCUGCAGCUUUAUUCACCUGUAUGAGAGUUUAAGUAACUUCUACUAUCGUGAUUAUAUGAAACCAGCUAUUAAACAGGGCUUAACAAAUCCAAAUCAGGGAACUAGCAAAUUUGGCAACUGUGUUUGUGUGGUUAUAGUAAUUGCACUAAUAUGAAGCUUUGGAUUGAAGCUUCCUUUUUGCAAGAGCUGAUAGUUCAUGCAUUUUGUCCUGGAUUGUUUUUAUACUUUCAAUAUGCUGUUUUGUGUUUAUAUAAUCCAUGGCAUUUGAUAAUAAUGAUAAUGAUGAUGAGCUGUAGCCCCUCAGCCAGUUGAAUUUAAUCAGGUACAGUAGUGUUUUUGAGGAACAUGGCCUUAGAACAGCGGUGUCCAAUCUUAACGGGAAAGGGCCGGUGUGGGUGCAGGUUUUCAUUCCAACCAAGCAGAAGCCACACCAGAGCCUACUUUAAGCCAAGAACAACUAAUUAAACAGGUGGACUCAGGUGUGGAUUCUGCUUGGUUGGAAUGAAAACCUGCACCCACACUGGCCAUUUGUGGAUAUGAUUGGACAUCGCUGCCUUAGAACAAUCAGACAAAACCUCAAGUGUACCUUCACUUUCCCAUGUAUCUUUGUACUGUAUGGGUAAUAUGAGCCAAAUUACCCCUACGGUUUAACCAGAAGGCAGUGUGAACAUUUAUAGUAGUGAAUAUUUAUAGUAGUGAACAUUUAUAGUAGUAAACAUUUAUAGUAGUAGAACACCAGUCCCUGUGUUUGCUGUCACUUCCUAAGGAUCUUUUUUGUACUGACUGUAUUUGUUCUGUGUAAAAGAAAAUUUACAUGAAAUAAAUAAUCUGAAUUUCUGUCGUGCAA